UUGAACCCCCUCGGCACCGCAGUCUCCCAUAUUCUCUCCUCCCACGCAGCCUUCCUUUCGAAACCAAGAGAGAGAGAGAGAGAAAAAAAAAAAAAAAAAGGCUUCUUUAGAUAAUGGGGGCAUACAAGUACGUGUCGGAGCUAUGGAGGAAGAAGCAGUCGGAUGUGAUGAGGUUUCUGCAGAGGGUCAGAUGCUGGGAGUACCGCCAGCACCCUUCCAUUGUGCGCGUCACGCAUCCUACCCGCCCCGACAAGGCUCGCCGCUUGGGCUACAAGGCCAAGCAGGGUUAUGUGAUAUACCGUGUACGUGUAAGACGUGGUGGACGGAAGCGACCAGUUCCUAAGGGUAUUGUGUAUGGCAAACCCACAAACCAGGGUGUCACACAACUGAAAUUCCAACGCAGCAAGCGCUCAGUUGCAGAGGAGCGUGCUGGACGUAAACUGGGCGGUCUUAGGGUUCUCAACUCUUACUGGCUGAAUGAGGAUUCUACUUACAAAUACUAUGAGGUUAUAUUGGUUGAUCCUGCCCACAAUGCAAUCCGCAAUGACCCAAGGAUCACGUGGAUCUGCAAACCGGUUCACAAGCACAGGGAACUUCGAGGACUCACCUCUGCUGGGAAGAAAUUCAGAGGUCUCCGUGGGAAGGGACACACUCAUCACAAGGCACGACCUUCAAGAAGGGCAAAUUGGAAGAGGAACAACACCCUCUCUCUUCGCCGCUACCGGUAAUUUGCAAGACAUUUUUGGUGCUUCUAUCAUUGUCCUAGCUUUAUCGCUUGUAAGAUUUUAGUUUUACGAAAGUAGAGUUGUUGAACAUGGUUAUUCUAGUUAUGUUCAAACUUCAGUGUUUUGAGCUUGUUGAAUUGGUUUGGGAUCUGUCACCACAUAGCAGCAUUUGAAGGUUGCAGACCUCUUUAAACUGGAUUUACUCUGUUCUUUUUGUUAAAGAAAUGGUUUUUGCUGAUUCUUUUUGAA